GCUUGUUAACGUCUGAUGACUCUGCGAAUACACGAUUAUGUGUUGUUCGUUGGACAUUCGUCGAACAUAAGUAUAUAUGGCCACUUGUUGCUGCUUAUUGUCCUUUGAUACAUCGUAAAGAAUAUUUCCGUUAAUUGAUCUUUGAAAAAAAUGACGCAACCCACUGCGGAUAUCGCAUUAAUCGGCCUAGCCGUUAUGGGGCAAAAUCUUAUUUUGAAUAUGAAUGAUCACGGCUUUGUCGUUUGUGCCUACAAUCGUACGACGGAUAAAGUAAAAGCUUUUCUUGAAAAUGAAGCUAAGGGCACGAAAAUCAUUGGCGCAUUUAGUUUACAAGAAAUGGUUAGUAAACUUAAAUCUCCAAGGAGAGUAAUGUUAUUAGUUAAAGCUGGCUCCGCCGUAGACGCGUUUAUAGAGCAACUUGUGCCUUUAUUAUCUCCCGGAGAUAUUAUCAUCGAUGGUGGUAAUUCCGAAUAUCAAGAUACUGAAAAAAGGACGAUAUAUUUGGAAAAAAAAGGAAUAUUUUUUGUCGGAAGUGGAGUAAGCGGAGGAGAAGACGGAGCACGAUAUGGGCCAUCUCUAAUGCCUGGCGGUAAUCCUAAAGCUUGGCCGCAUAUCAAGCAAAUCUUCCAAGCGAUAUGCGCUAAGGCUGACGGGGAACCAUGUUGCGAUUGGGUAGGUGAAACUGGUGCAGGACACUUUGUAAAAAUGGUACACAACGGUAUAGAAUAUGGUGACAUGCAACUUAUUUGCGAAGCGUAUCAUAUCAUGAGAGAUGGUUUACAACUGAAUCAAGAAGAAAUGAGCAAGGUUUUCAACGAAUGGAACAAAGGAGAACUGGAUUCAUUUCUUAUUGAAAUCACUAGAGACAUUCUUAAAUACAAGGACGAGAAGGGCUAUUUGUUAGAACGUAUCAGAGAUACAGCGGGACAAAAAGGAACUGGUAAAUGGACGGCUAUAGCGGCAUUGGAUUAUGGAAUACCUGUCACAUUAAUCGGAGAGUCAGUUUUUGCAAGAUGCCUUUCCUCUCUGAAAAAUGAAAGAUUAGAAGCAAACAAAGUGUUGCAAGGGCCUGAUACUUUGUACCAAGGUGACAAAAAGCAGUUCUUAGAACAUUUACGAAAAGCUUUAUACGCGUCGAAAAUUAUAUCUUAUGCGCAAGGCUUCAUGUUACUGAGAGAAGCUGCCCAAAUUCACAAGUGGAAUUUAAAUUAUGGCGGUAUAGCGCUUAUGUGGAGAGGUGGAUGUAUUAUAAGAAGUGCUUUUUUGGGAAAUAUAAAGUUGGCUUUUGAUAAAAAUCCGAAACUUUCCAAUUUACUGUUGGACGACUUUUUUGCCAAAGCAAUGAAGGAAUGUCAGAAUAGCAUUAGAGUUGUCGUUUCUAAUGCUGUGACCCUUGGAAUACCAACCCCUGCAUUAUCAACGGCAUUAGCAUUUUAUGACGGGUUUAGAACUGCUCGAUUGCCAGCUAAUUUGCUUCAAGCGCAAAGAGAUUAUUUUGGAGCACAUACGUACGAAUUAAUCGGUCAAGAAGGUAAAUUUGUACACACAAACUGGACCGGUCAUGGAGGAAACGUGUCUGCUUCGACAUACGAUGCUUGAUAAUAUUUGAAGAAAAAUAAAGAAAACGAUAAGAAGAAGUACAUACGUGCUGACAUUACCUUUCGCGUUAAAUCAUAUAACGGCCGAAAGGUUUUGUGCAUGCUUUUCGAUAUCCGUUAAUAUUGACAUGACUUUUGUUUUAGGGUGAUCAUAAUCUGUUUCUUUUUUCUAAAUAUUUAAUAACAUGUUGUUUCCUAAAUGAUAAGUAUAAACAUUUAUUUAUACACACGUAGAAGGUGCUUGUACAGACUAUGUUAUUUUUGUACAUCGUAUCGUACAGUGUUACCAAACAAAUAUAUUUUUGGAAGAGAAAAAGA